AUUCCCAUCGCGGAAGCGGUAAUUUUGGGAUGAUUGAUAAGGUCUGGCUGGAAAAUCAAGGUGCAAGUGAAAAUAGGAAGUAACCAAUGUGUCUUAUCAAAGUAAAACCACGGUCACGUUCUUGUAUGCGGCUGUACCGUAUGUUGUCACGCUAUGAGGCUUUAAUUUGAAAGAUGGAAGCGGAAAUGUUUUCUCCGUCUUACAUGGGGUAGGAGCAGUGAAACCUAUGGCAUCACGGACGGAACACACAGGGAGACAAACAGGACUUGUACCCUUAAAAGCUGAGCGAAUUCACCGCAGAGAGAUUUAGGAAAGGUGCCGGUUUAUGUUACAGGAUAACAUGGAUGUCCACCAUGGGCUGUAGACUCUUGUGGCGGGAUAAAAGCAGCCAGCUGACACCAGCAGAUUUAUCCCAAGUGUCCAUGUGGAGCUGCUCCAACUUUGAGGCGUUGCAUUAUGAUAAGGAGCAUGUCGGGCUGAGGAUGAUCUUUACUGUCUACGUUUUGUGUUCAAACGUCAACAUGACAGCUUAAUUAACCGAGUCCCCCCCCAGAGGAUGGGCCCUGCUUCUCGGUUUCUGAGAUGUCUCUGGGUCGGCUCCUGCGGCGUGCCUCCUCCAAGGCGUCCGACCUCCUGACCUUUAACCCCGGCGCAACGGGAGGGUCGCUGCGUUCAGGCCUGGAUGGCGAGAUCAUUUUCUCCAAGAAUAAUGUUUGCGUGCACCCUGCCGAGCCGCUGCCGGGCCUGGCAGAGCACCACCCUGGCUACCUAUGUGUCCACGUGGAGAAGGACGAGGGCCUGGGUACCACUCUCAUUCUAACCUGGGUGCCCAACUCCCGAAUUCAGAGGCAGGAUGAAGAGGCGCUACGCUACAUCACACCCGAGAGCUCGCCCGUACGCCGGAACGGGCGGCGUCGAGGCAGACGACCCCACUCCCGCCCCGCAGCGGCACAAGUAGAAGAAGAGGACGAGGAGAGGAACAUCACACUCAGCUCGUCCUCGGAGAGCCACGGUCCGGCCGCAGAACCUGGAGCAGAUCCCACCUCUGUGCAGCAUAAGCAGCCGCCCCCACCUGGAGAAGAGGGCGACGAGGGCUCCUGCGAGCUGUCGGACGAAGUUAGCCGAGACAGCACCAUGGGGUCCGACUCGGACACCUUCUCCUCGCCAUUCUGUCUGUCCCCUGUCAGCGAGGCGCUUUGCGAGAGCAGCAGCUCUGUCUUCUUGGACAGUGACAGCAGGGAGCUGUGCGACGAGGCCAUGCGCCACUCUGUCAGCUCCGCCUCCAGCCUCGAGAGCCACGCCCCCUCCGAGAGCAACGGCGUGCGUGGGUGGGAGGAGCAGCAGAAGGUGCUCGCUCUGGAGCAGCUGUGCGGUGUGUUCAGGGUGGACCUGGGUCACAUGAGGUCGCUGCGUCUGUUCUUCAGUGAUGAGGCAUGCACCAGCGGCCAGCUGGUGAUCGCCAGCCGAGAGAGCCAGUACAAGAUCCUCCACUUCCACCACGCCGGCCUGGACAAGCUGGCUGAGGUUUUCCAGCAGUGGAAGUGCUGCAGGGAGACUCAGCUCAAAGACCAGGUGUCAGACGAGAAGUCCUGCAUGCAGUUUUCCAUCCAGAGGUCCAUGCUGCCGUCGGCCGAGAGCCACCCGGAAGAGAAGCUCUACCGUAGGCUGGACGUCGCCACCUGGCUGCGACACCUCAACCACGAUGGCCAAGUGGAAGAGGAAUAUAAGCUACGUAAGGCCAUCUUCUUCGGUGGUAUCGACCCGUCCAUCCGUGGCGAGGUGUGGCCCUUCCUGUUGCACUACUACAACUACGACUCUCGAUCCCAGGAGAGGGAGGCGUGGAGGCUGCAAAAGCGGACCCACUACCAUGAAAUCCAGCAGAAGAGGUUGUCCAUGAGCCCCGAGGAGCACAGCGACUUCUGGAGGAAGGUCCAAUUCACGGUGGACAAGGACGUGGUGAGAACAGACCGCAGCAACCAGUUCUUCAGGGGGGAGAACAACCCCAACGUGGAGAUCAUGAGGCGGAUCCUGCUCAACUAUGCCGUCUUUAAUCCCGACAUGGGUUACUGUCAGGGCAUGUCCGACCUGGUGGCCCCGCUCCUCACCGAGAUCCAGGAUGAAAGCGACACCUUCUGGUGCUUCGUGGGCCUCAUGGAGAACACCAUCUUCAUCAGCUCGCCACGCGAUGAGGACAUGGAAAGGCAGCUGAUGUACCUGCGGGAGCUCCUACGCCUCAUGCUGCCCGACUUCCACCAGCACCUGACCACGCUGGGCGAGGACGGCCUGCAGCUGCUCUUCUGUCACCGCUGGAUCCUCCUCUGUUUCAAGAGAGAAUUCCCAGACAUGGAGGCUCUGCGCAUGUGGGAGGCCUGCUGGGCUCACUACCAGACGGAUUACUUCCACCUCUUCCUGUGCGUGGCCAUCAUUGUUCUCUACGGCGAGGAUGUGACGGACCAGCAGCUCGCCACCGACCAAAUGCUGCUACAUUUUAGCAACCUGUCUAUGCACAUGAAUGGAGAGCUGGUGCUGCGAAAGGCACGCAGCCUCCUCUACCAGUUCCGCCUCCUACCCAGAAUCCCGUGCAGCCUACACGACCUGUGUAAACUGUGCGGGCCGGGGAUGUGGGAUAGCCGCUACAUCCCCGCCGUGGAGUGCUCCGGAGAGCACCCGGACUCGCAGAGCUGCCCUUACGGGGGCACGUCCACGCCGCAACCCUCCUCGCCCUCGCUGUCGUGCACACCCUCGCCAAACCACACCCCCACGCCGCCCAAAGGCUCCAAAAGUAGGGAUAUUUUCACCUUCAGGAAACAGUCCUGAGCGAGAGGUCACGGGGAGGCUGGAUUCCUGGAAUAUUUCCCGCCCUCGAACGCCACACUUGCAGUGUACCGUCUCACUAAGGACGUCUGUCACUCGAGCCUUUCAUGUGGAGCAACGGCGAGCGUCACAUGAGACCCCGAGGUCAACGAGCCUCCUUCCUUUUGAAGCCCAGCAGACAAUCAGCAGCCAUUAUGCCGGCCCCCAGCGACCCUAUGUUCUGCUUUGCCGCUGGCUUGGCACUCUUCCACGAGCUUUUUUUUGGGGGGGGGUCGCGCGGGUUUGCAUCAGGGUUGGAGUACAAGCUGCCUGAAUUCCCGCAGACUUCUGACCGGAGAAGAGGUCAAAGUGUAAACUGUGAAUUAAUUCACAGCAGCGUUCCUGCACUCUCACAAAGACGUAUUUGUCCUCACUUAGUAUGUGCAUAUCUUUAUAAGAGAUACCGUAUUUUUAUCCAACUUCCAGGGUAACUUUCAUUUCACAAUGUUUUCUCUCUGCAGAUACCAAUAUUUAGCAAUAUUACCCGUAUAUAUCCUUGCAUGUGCAGCACACAGCUAUAUUAUAUGUCUGCCUGUCUUUAUGGCAAACAUGGCGGAGGAACGACUUAACAAAUCACAACAGUACAUAGCAUGUGCUCAACAAUCUUGUUCAACUUACCUGCCACGUUUCCACCGAGCAGGACACACCACUUUACCACUGUACAUGGGCUUUAAAGGGUGUUCACCAGGGAUCGAUGUCGUGUCUUGGGUAAGCUUCCUCCUCCCACGUUCCUUCACACUGUGCAGGCAUAACAAAACAAUUACAUCUGCCAUAAGGAACGUACCUGCCAUGAAACCUAUAUUAUCUCACAGGGCCAACACAUUAAAAAGCUUUCAUUUAAUACACUAUUUGAUGGAAUAUGGUGAGUGUUGGCCACCAUUUUGGGCCAGACAGUCAGAAAAGCUAAGCAAAUAUCUCCCAUAAGAAUUGAAUUCAUCAGAUGAGAUGAGCAGACUUUUGUCUGGGGUGGACGACACCGCGUUUACCGACACCUACGUGCUGCCUGUACGAGAUCUCACAUCCAAACCCCCCCCUUCAUGACACGUCAUACUGUAUGUCUUUAUCUAAAGGAAGGUGAUUUAUGGCUCCUCUUUUCAUAUCAUAAAGCUGUCUUUUUUUUAUUAAGUUUGGGGAAAAAAGUGAAUAAGGUGAAAGUAUUAUGGGAAUAAAAAUGUACCAGAAGGUUGUGGCUUCCUCCGUCCUGCCGUGAUCAUAUCAAAGCAUCCUUGGGCAACAUACUGAACCCCUACUGAUGUUGUGUCAUCACUAGGUAAAUGUUAACAGGGUCAAAGCGCUGGAAGACCAUUUACCAAGAUUAUUUACUAGAAGAAAGUCAAAAUAUUAAGAGAAAAAAAGUUUUAUUCAAAUGAGAAUUUUUUUUCCCCCAAGAAUAAACUUGUAAUGUAAUGAAAAAUAUUACCAAUUUAGUAGCAGACUUGAAAUAUUGAAGAAUAAUUGGCGUAUUGAAGUAGUAAUAAAGUUAUGGGAAUAUAGUGAAAAUUCAUCCUUUUUCUAUGCCGCUUAUCAUGGGGACAUGCUGGAGCCUAUCCCAGACGGGGUACACCCUGGACUGGUGGCCAGCCAAUCACAGGGCACAUAUAGACAAACAACCAUUCACACUCACAUUCAUUUGGAGUCACCAAUUAACCUAGCAUGUUUUUGGAAUGUUGGAGGAAGAAAACCCACACACACACGGACAGAACAUGCAAACACCACACAGAGAUGCCCAAGCGGAGAUUCGAACACUUUAAAUAAUCAAAUGUAUACAGUAGGUACUCACCACUAUUGAAUGAUCAUGAGUCAUGGUAUCAAAGUCAUGUCGAGGUUUCACUUCCGUGUCUCACGGUGACUGGUGCCUUCAUGUACUGCCGGAAAGUAGGAAAAAAACAUUAAUUGAUGCAUAAAGACAUAAAAUGUAAAAGUUUACCUGUGUUGUGACAUAUUUAUCCGUUAUUACCGACUUGGGGUGAAUGAGAUGUGUUGUCUUGGGGCGGAGGGGCAACCAAAAAUCAGCAAAUGUGUAUUAUGACUAUCCUUAGCAGCCUUGGACAAGUACUCCAUAUCUGUCAGAGUACAAGGGCAUCUCUUGUGUACACCCCCCUUCAUGGUCAUUUUAAAGAUAAGAUGGGUCCGGGCUGUGGUUUGGAGAUUAAAAACAGACAUUUUUUAUCUUGAGAUGAAUAACAACGUAGGACAUCCUGUUUGACGACAUUUCUGCUGAUUGUGUGGAAUUUGUGUGUUGAAUCAAUUGAUGCAAAAUGGAGUACUGCACUAUAUGGCUGCAACCAGCAGGGGCGCUCUUCAUUCUUUCAUUCAUUUUUUUUUGCUCUGCUAGAAACACAAUAGCACAAUUGAUGGAAACAGGAGUUCAGAACGGAAGCAGCUUACACAACUAUUAUCUAAUUUUGUGACCUCUCCUUUACUUCAGAACUACUACUAAUUUAAAUAAACGGUAGCUUUUUGGCAGACACCAAUCACGAGCAAUCGGUGCACUCACAACAAGCCUGUCAGGUGGUCAUAUGUACAGUAUAACAACAUACAGUCUACACUUUACUAUCAACAAUAAAUUCACACAGCAACUUAACUUAGUAUACAAACAUACCCUAAUAUGAGUUUGAUGAUUUUUUUUGUAAUUGCAUCUGAGCAACACAUUCAUUGGGGUGCUGCAAUGAUGUCAGCCUCCCUCUGGGCUUUUGGCCCAGAGGCCUCUGUUUCUAUAUUGUGUUGUUUAUAAGAUGAAACCCUGACUCAAGACUGUUAUAUUGAGUAAGGACCAGCUUGUUGUGAGUUUUUUUUCAUAUGUAGCUCAUGAUUGGCCCCUGUCAAAUAAAGAGCUACCUGGACUUGUGCAUUUUCCCUCUAAAUUUAGUGGCUGCAAAACCUUGCACACACCCAUCAAUGUUCUUAUGAUUAUAAAGUCACACAAUCAAUGUUUACUUCACUCUUAACUGGAUGAAACUCUGUGUGUGUGUGUUUAAGUGUGUAAACCGGAGUGACCGCUCAAACAUGUGGUAAUGAGUAAGGCGUAGAAGCCCGGCCCCCUCGACUCCGCCUCUUUAAUGACAGCAGUCACCAUGGAGACGGACUUUUAAAUGGCGCUGAACCAAAGCUUACAGAUGUCUGUUUUGUUUUUGUCAUCAAAUGUAAAAUGGGUUCCACAUAAUAAUCCAUAACUGAUUCAGAAUUCAAUCUUUCAGUCUUCCCUAGCAACACGCUAAAGCUGCUCUAUAGAUCUAUAAGUGUUUGUAAGAAGCCUAUAGUUUUGUGGUUUUGCCAAUAUUGCCUGUUUAGAAGAGAGAACCUUAUUCAUUUUCCCAGGUUGCCAGCUAUACAAGAUGCCAGAUUCACUUCCUUGAAACGUUCCAGGAGUAUUAUUAUUAUUAUUUUUGGUCAUAUUUUUGCAUUUGCAGCAUGUAACCUUUUUCAACAAUCCAGCUACGUUGGAUGGAACCAUUUAGGGAUACGCAAACUUGGGUGCGUGUGUUUAAAUGAACAUUUGCCUCUAUUUACUGAAUGUACAGUGUUGCUGUAUGACAUCACUCAUCACCAGAAUCAGCCUUUUCUUGGGAUUCAUUAAAAAAA